UAAACAUUCAGGAUGAUAUUGAGGGGCUCUAGUUAAUGCAUUGUUCUUGAUUUGUUUCUGCAACAUUGAGUAUCAAGUUCAAAUUAUCCAUAAUCCCGUCAUCAUCACAACUUCUAACAUACAAUUCACCCGAAUAUGCCUCCAUACUCUCGACACAUGCUUGCAGCAGGCCGGACUGCAGCAAGCUCCAGCUUGCUCAGAGUCCUCACCCCUGUAAUACUACCAUAUUCAAUUCCUGCUACACCCACUCCCACCGUCUCCGCAAAACCAACAUCCCACACCAUCACCACCAGCAAACGAACCCUCACCACCUCCCCCGCAACCCACCAAGAAGAACACCAAGAAGAACAAGAAGAACAAACCUCACAAAUACCCUUACCCACGCCGCCCACCCAACAGGACCUAUCAACGCAAAUCCGCCUCCUAAUGCGCCAAGUCCCCUACCCCGUUGCCAUCAUCACCUCCACCGAUCCGCACGCGCACGCCCACACCUCCGCAUCACCAUCCCCAUCACCAUCGCAUCCUCCCUCAUCCCCCACCCCCUUCCGCGGCAUGACUGUCUCGUCCUUCAACACAGUAACCCUCCACCCAACCCCAAUCAUCUCCUUCAACGUCCGCCGCCCGUCCGAAACCCUCACCGCCCUCCAGUCCUCCGGCCGCUUUCUCGUGCACCUCCUCGCCCCGCAUCCGCGCACCGCCGCCCUCGCCCGGGACUUCUCGCGCGGGAACCGUCGGCUAGGGAUCAUGCCUGCCCCGGCGACAGGAGGUGAACCAGGAGGGGAGGAGGAGGAGCCGGGGACAGCGGGGUAUGAAUUCGCGGCUCUGCCGCCCUCGCCCGUCGAAAGCGAGACCGUCAGCACCAGCACCACCAACCCCGAAGACGCACCCCCCCCUCCUCUCCCGUUAUUACGGCGCCGGAAUCCAUCCCCCGGAAGUGCUGCACACGCGAAGGACCAGGAAAAGGUGGACGAUUUCCCCUUUGUGUUCGAGUGUCGAGUGCUGCCGCAGUCGAUCCAGGUGCAGGAUCACACGAUCGUGGUGGGGAGGGUGGUGCGGGCGAUCGCCCGUCCAAAACAUGCCGGAGAAGCAGCAGCCACGAUGAGAGACCACCAUGUCCAGCAGGACGCCAAGGAUUUGUGUUUGACGUAUGCGGAUACGCGGUUUUGGGAGAUGGGGAAAGAGAUUUGAACGCCUUGUUUCCCCCUUGAGUGGUAUAUAUUGGUUGGACUUGGAUUUGUAUGUUAUGCUUGGAAGAUAGGGCUUGCGUAGGUGGCUGUUGGGAAUUGUCGGGUUGGUGGAGUUGGAGUGGGAGUGGGAGUGUACUGUACCUAUACCCUUGUUGAUUGAUUCAUUGGGGGUUGUUAUAUAAAGAUUUUCGAUUUACGGAAUAUAUACCAGAUGACAUAGAGGUGUGAAUGGCUCGUUGGUCUAAG